GUGACCAUUAGGCUUCUCUAAAGGACAAAUCAUGGCACAAGUAUCUCUGAGCUACUAAAUUGCAAUGGGUGGAAGUAGAGGGGAACUGGUGGUUAAUAGGGUGAAGAUAUCUGUGUACAAAUACACUUCAGACCAUUUUCGAAGCAUGAUGGGAAACCAGUAAAGAAUUAGCACAGUGGCAACAUGAGGACAUUUCUCCUGUGUCUGCAGGAACUCUUACUUUUGUCUGUUUUGUGAUGUUUUCUCCUGUUUAGAUAAAACAAAAACAAACAAACAAAAAACUUACUUGUUUGGAGUGGAAUAAAUUGUCCCCUCCUCUCUCACGUUUCACACAUGUGGUCAAUCAGAAUACCACAACUUGAUUAUAAUAACCAUGUUAUUGCAAUAACAGAUACUACCAGCAUCAUGUUAUGUAAUACUUUUCAUGGCUCCCAGUUUGGGGCUAUAGGAAGAAAGUCUCUGCUCAUAAUGCAUAAUGUUGGCAUUUGUGCUGGUGUAUAUAUCCCUGAAUUAUAGUCCAAGGGAUUUCUCUAAAAUAAAAUAGAAUUCAUUUGCUCCUUUCAGAAUCACCGGAAUGUAAUAUAGUAGAGCCCUAGAUAAUAAGAUAUUGUUCCCAAUAGUAUCAGUUAUACACUUUUAUUUUCUCUUUUUGUUCAGAUUUGUAAUUGUGUUAGUCCGGUUGUUUUCUGUCUGUCAGUGUGACAGAAUAACUCCAACAAACAAUAGAGAACAGAUUUAUUUGGCUUACAGUUUUAGAGGUUUUAAUUCGUGGUCACUGGACUCUGUCACGUGUUCCUUGGUGGUUCAGUAGAAUAUGAAGCAAGGGAGCUUGUGGUGGAGCAAACCGGCUCUCUUCCUUGCAUUAGGAGGCAGAAAUGGCCAGGAAUACAAUAUCCUUUUGAAAUUCUAAGGCAUGGCCCAGGGACCUGCUUCCUUCAGCUAGGCUGCUCCUCUUAAUAGCUCAUUGAGUAUAAACUCAUCAAUGGAGUAAUUUUUUGAUGAUGUUCACACUCACGUGAUCCAGUAACCUGUUAACAGUGCUGGCAGUUGGGGUCCAAGCUUUCAACAAUGAGUUUUUGAUGCAUGCCGGUCUUGGGGUUUCUAUUACAUUCAAAUUACCACCUUCUACUCUCUGGAUUAGAAAAGCAGUUGAAUGUUUUAAGUGCUGCUUAAUGGGCCAUAGUAGUAGGAACAUGAAAGGCAUGGUAUUGAGUGUGAUUUAAUGAAUUGUGUGGGCCUGUCUCAAGAGGUUUCAGAGGAGAAGAAUAUUAAUAUGUGGCCUAGAGAUCAUUCUUGUGAUGUUGGGUCCGGGAUCUCACAAUAAGGGGGACAGACCACUGAAGUCUAUUAAACCAGAAGCAAACUUUAUUCCAGAAAAUUAAAAAUUAAAAAAGUAAGACACCUCAGGGCACAAAGCUUAUCAGCUAGCUGAGACCAUAGCCAAUGUUGGAAUUCUGAGACUGUGGCUGCUGGAGGGGGCCUAUGAGCCUCUUUUUAUAGUAAGGGGUGAGGAUGAGGCAUAGACAAAGGAAUUUUUACAAUUUUGAAGUUAAACUUUUAGAGCCAAAUUGUUUUAGGUUUUAAAAUUUUUCAUUAACAAGGUUUUAGGAGAUUUUAUCUAAACAAUAUUUGUAUACCCUGCAGCCCUUCUUGACUCAGUUAAUCGAUGUUUGUCCAAACCUGCAGCUUCUCCUGACACAGCUGGGUUCCCAUGGGGGAGGGGCGCGGGAACAGAGGGAGUCAAAACAAGCAAGGCAGGUUGUCACACAGAACUCAAAAGAGCACUGUGGGGACAGCUUUAAGAAAUGACCUUUGUCUAUGACCAGAAUGUUGGUAGAAUUAUGGCUGUGAAAGUCAUUUUGAUGAGGAUGUAGUGAUAAGACUUCACUUAUGGAGCAGAAAGCCUGCCUCCAUCAGAUGCCUCAUGUUCCCUUACUGAUCUUGGACUUCUGAGAUUCCAGAAUGGUGAGAAAUAAUUUUCUACUACUUACAAAUUACCCAUUCUAAGGUAUUUUGCUAUACCUUUGGAAUCAGUUAGCCCAAAAGGACCAAGGCACUUUUUCACACAAAGUUCUUGGUUACAUUGUUCUACAUAGCUGCAAAGCAGGCUGGGAAAUGUAAUGUUGCCUUGGAGGAAUACAAAACAAACAUAUUUGUGGAAAACUCCAUUGCUAGUAUACAAUCUUACUACAGAAGAAACUUAAAUGACUUUUAAAGCACCAUGUUCUUUAAAGCAGUCAGUAUUGGUAACUAUGUAUGUCACUUUUGUAAAAGCAUAAGCUGUCAGCUUUGAGGAAUUUCUGAUGCUCGGCUACAGCAUAUGGCAAAAUUUCUAGUGCCUUAUCUCAGACCAACCAAGUCACAACUUUCAGGUGUGGGCCCUAGUAACGUUUUUAAAAAUCAUACUCCUUAUAUAAGCUUUUUUUUCCCCCCAACUCAUACCACUGCACAGAUAGAAAGGGGAAACCCUGCUUAUGAGAUUACUGCCAUAGCAGAGAAAAUCAAAAACGAAAGCAAAGAGACCAGAGCCAGGAGUUGAGAGGAGGAGUUAAGGAAAAAGGCUUGAAAUAUCAGCCUCCAUUCUGGAGCACCUCAGUUGAAUGGCAGAACCUCUGACUCUGUGGUGGCUUCUGCUGCUGCUUUGACUCCAGGGACCUAAUAAACGGGAGCUGCGGGUGGCUUCCCUGGAGACAUUUGCAGCCUCCAACAACAAGCUUCAGUCUUCUGAAUUACAGAAAUUUGUAAGCUGCAGUGAAGAAACACCACUUUGGUCCACUCACCAGCUUGCCAAUGAUCCAGCUGAUAGUCACCCCCUCAAAUGCGCUUGCAGAUGAGCCUGUGUCCAUCCGAGCCACAGGCCUGCCUCCGUUGCAGAUAGUGACCAUCAAGGCGACACUGAAGGAUGAGAAGGAGAAGCUCUUCCAAUCCAAAGCCUUCUACAAGGCCAACGAGGCUGGCGAGGUGGACCUGGAGCAGGCAUCAGCCUUGGGGGGUGACUACGUAGGGGUCCACCCAAUGGGCCUCUUUUGGUCUCUGAAGCCAAAGAGAGCUUUCCGGAGGCUGAUGAAGAAAGAUGUCAUGAAUAGCCCCUUUUGUAUCACUCUGGACCUGUAUGACUCUGUUUGCUUGAUAGAUUCAGCCACAAUUAGACCCAAGGCCUGCCAGAUGGUGCAGCGUUGGUUUGCUGGCCCUGGGGUUCAGCGGAAGCAGAUCCGAGAAGGUCGGGUACGCGGAGCCCUUUUUCUACCUCCAGGAGAAGGUCCUUUCCCAGGAAUUAUUGACAUGUUUGGGAGCAUUGGAGGUCUAAUUGAAUUUCGUGCCAGUCUUUUGGCUUCCCAUGGCUUUGCAGUACUGGCAUUAGCAUAUUUUGCCUAUGAAGACCUGCCUGAUAAACUGCUGGAGACUGACUUGGAAUAUUUUGAGGAAGCUGCCAACUUCCUACUAGCUCAUCCCAAGAUCCAACAACCAGGAAUUGGUGUGAUCUCCGUGAGCAAAGGUGCAGAGAUCGGGCUGGCCAUGGCCUGCUAUCUGAAGCAGGUGGUUGCCACUGUCUGCAUCAAUGGGCCUAGUGUCGUCUUAGACAUUCCACUAAGGUAUGGGGGUCUGGUUGUGACACCCAUCCAACAGGCUCUGGAGCGAGCCCAAGUCCACACCUCAGGGGCUUUGUGCUUCCGUUCCUUUAUAGGUGACCCCAGGAUUAAACUGAACCCACAGAGUAUACUUCCUGUGGAAAAAGCCCAAGGGUGGCUCCUCUUCAUUGUAGGAGAGAAUGAUGAAUGCCUGGAUAGCAAGGCGUUUGCACAGAGAGCCAUGGACCAGCUCCACAGCCAUGGAAGAAGCAGCGGCAGAAUGCUGGCAUACCCCGGGGCAGGCCACCUCAUAGAGCCGCCCUAUUCUCCCUGUUGCUUUGCGUCUUGGCACUCAGGCUUGGCUAACCCCUUGCUUUGGGGAGGAGAGCCCACUGCUCACGCAGCAGCCCAGGAACACUCCUGGCAAGAGAUCCGGAAGUUCUUCAAGCAACACCUCCCUCAGUCCAGAAGCAAACUCUAAGCAAAGGAAGUGACCAUGCCCAGGUAGCAGGCAGGAAGUGGGUUAGAGAAGAGGCUGGAACUGGUGUGAGGAUAAUAGCAUUAUUUAGGAACUAGAGAGUAGGAGUGGGGGUGGGGUACAGAAUUCUUCUGACUUCCUUACGUUCACAUUUAUUCCAAUUCAAUUGGAAGAAAAAGGGACAAGAGCACAGGACACACUUGAAUCUGAGUGUUUCUGACAAAUUUGUGUGUAGUUGGAAAUUUUGUAAAUUCAAUUUUAGUUUAUAUAUUUGAAUAAAUUGGUAUUCAGAAAUUAUGGUAUUCUUGUAAACUGAUAAACACUGUUUAUAUAUAUUCAGUUAAGGAUUCAUUUGAUCUAGGCAUUUCCAAUCUAAAUGAAAUCUCUAAAACUGCCGGCUUCUUUCUAGGAGUACACACUCUGUUUAAACUGUUUUAACUUGGAUUUCUGAUGCUUGACAAGAACAUUCCAGUUCACUAUCAAGUAUAAUGCUUGCUGUAGAUGUCCAGUAGAUAGCUUUUUUUUUUUUUUAAAAAAAAGUGGGAUGUUUCUCUUUAUUCUAGGUAUAUAUUACUAUUUUUAAAAUCAGAAACACAAUUAAAUUGAAUCAAGUGCCUUUGUGGCAUUUGUUGAUGCUGAGUGAGUUAAUGUAAAUGAGACUUUUAGAGCAGUGUCUGGCAUAUAGCUCCCACCUCAUCUGAGUCACCUGUUCUGGUUUUCACAAUGACUUCCUCUAUGGUUUCACAACGCUUCCCUCUUGCGUUCGCCUGGUCUGAUGAGCUAGCUCCUUGUCACUUCUGCCCGUUCAUUUACGUUGAAUAGAUGGAACUCUUGCAUUGACUAACAAGGAUGCCCAAGUCUCUUUUGGAACCAAUCUCAUCCCUUAUAUUUCUGCAGAACUUCACUGUUUUUCAAGAAUGUGUUUUCUUCAUAUUUUAUUUUCACAUAGACCCUGUUAUUUAUCUAUUUUCUCUUUUCUCUCAGUCUGACUUACUGAAAUAUUUCCCCAUCUUAUCUUUUCAAAUGGUGACUUUUGCUUCACUUACUGGUCAAAUCUUUUAAAAAUCACUUAUUAUGUUUUAAAUCAAAUCAAUUAAUGCGCCCGUCUUUCUGUUGUUUUUUUUUUUUUUUUGGUUGUUGUUGUUGUUUGUUAGUUUGUUACUGAUAUGUAGUGUUCUCUUUUUGUUUAUUUCUGCUUUCUGUUCCUCUUUGACACAAAGGCAGUUUUACCCAAAGUACAAAAUGCUGUAGUGUGGAAAGGGCAGGAGAAGGGGAAUGUCACUUUGCCAUGGAGGGAUCAAAUCGGCACUACCCAGACCCACCACUCACAUUAGUCUGUAAAAAGGGACAGUUUGACAUGGACUUCGUGGAAGGAGGUUAUGGGUAUCAACAAUGCUACCAAUAACAUGUUGAACUUUGGUCUGGUCAAGCUUUUGAUCAUUUACUGGCAUCGUGGCAGGAGAACAAGUUCACUGUCACCAUGAGUAAACAAAUCCUAACUGCAGGUUAUCCUGUGAGUCAACUGCUAGCGCCUCGAUGAUUAAUUGCAUGGGCACCACUAAGUUAGUCUGUGAGAACUAAGUUUGGAACUAGAAGAGACUUUAAAAAAUGCUCUGGAAGGCCCUGAUCUGAACUGAGAGCCUGCAAAAAUAAAUUGGGAGAUGGAGAAAAAGUUAAACUUUUAUUUUUAAUUGAUAAGAGUGGCAUAUUAGUGCAAUGUUUUGAUGUAUGUGUUAGACCAUGGCCUGCCACUUUAAGACUGUUCAUUCAAACCAACCAAGUCCUCAGCCUAGAAAAAUGAGGCCCCGCCCACUGCCCCGCCCCACACUCUUUCCCUCCAUCCUCCCCAUCUCUGCAACAGAUAGUUAAAAAGACUUUGCGGCCUCAGGCUGGACCACUGCACCUCCCCCUGCUCUUCCCCUACAUCCCUCCUCUCUGUGACAGAUAGUUAAGAAGGCUGUGGCCUCACAGUCCCUCACCCCCAAAGCUGCAAGAGAGGCUUAUGGCUCUACUGCGUACUUAGCAUAUAGGCUAUGUUGAAACAUUGCGUGAAUUAAAUCACAUGGAAUAAGAUUUCCCACCUGUCCUCCCAAACUUGUGAAAACCAGGCUAUCUCUUUCAUUUGGGGGACUUAUAUGGAGCCUUGUCCCUUGUCAUGCUCUCCAGGGUAUCUCUCUGUUAGUGUAAGCUGGCCCUCUUAGUGAAGUGCCUCUUAAGGCUUUAAAGAGAAGCAAGCCUCUCCCUUGCCCUCUCUGCUAAUGUAGUUCAUUUCUGAAGGGUAAUUUUGUUUCAGCUCCUUUCAUAAACCUGCCACUCCCUGAGUUCUGAUAAUAUGUAUAUAUUCAGGAAUUUUUACACCAGGCUACGUUAACUAUCACCUCACGUACUUAUGAUAUUUUUGUACUGAAUCUGUUCUUUUUGUGAUUUUGAUAUACAUUUAUGUUAUUAUUAACUGCAGCCAUUAUGUUAUUGAAAAUAUCUCAAAAUUACUUUUAUUGUCUAAUUCAUAUACUUAAGUCAUUAUUUUUCCAUUACUCCAUAGAAUAAUUUGAAUAUGGCCCAUGUCUUCCUAGAGUAAUUUGAGUAUAGAUUAAUAUUAAAUGGUAUCAAGAAAUGACACAAAGAAAUUGUGAUGACAUUGUUACAUGUGAUAAUGGUAUGAUAGUUAUAUAAAAAACUUUAGAGAUUUAUAUUGAAGUAUUCAAUAGUGGCUAGCUUUGAUAUGUGGGUAUUAUUAUAAAAAUCAGGAAUAUUGUAAAAAGCAAAAUUACAGCAAAAGGCUUUGGAUGGUGUCUCAAGUAAGCUCUGUUAGAGUGUUCUUAUUUGCCUUUAUGUAUGCCUGCAAAUUUUUCAUAAUAAAGAGCUGAAAAUUGUA